UCGCGUCAUAUGUACGUGAUGACCAGGGUGUACGUGAGGUGCAACUCGAAGACGACCAGCUACAUCGGCACUAUUGAAACGUUACAGUUAGCUGGAAGUUCAGAAGAAGGAGAAGCCAAAGAUUCAUUCCGUCUUAGUUAACAUUGCUUUUAUUCGACGAUUUAGUAACUACUAAAUUAUCAACAAUGAAGUUGCUGUGGGCUAUCAGUGCCCUGCUUUUGAGCUGUUUGCGAGCCAAUGCGUCCACAGCGGGCUUUAUCAAGUCUCCCCUGUCUCAGACGAAGCUGAUCAGUGACAGUGCAGAGCUGCAUUGUGAGGUGAUAGGGAAUCCCAUCCCUGAGCUGCAGUGGUGGUUUAUAGAGGGUGAAGAGCCCAACGAGACCUUCACCCAGCUCUCUGACGGGGCACGGGAUGAUCGUGUGCAAAUAAAUGCCACAUAUAUAGCACACGCCACUAGCACCAUUCACCUCACAAGCCUCACCUUCAACGACUCAGGCACGUAUGAGUGCCGCGCUUCCAACGACCCUGACCGCAACGAACUGAAGAAGAUGCCAAAAAUCAAGUGGAUCCGCUCGCAGGCAAAUGUUAUUGUCAUUGAAUACCCAAUCAUCAUCGCUCAACCUUCUGAAGUCAGCAACCAGACCUCAGCAGUCCUUAGCUGCAACUUGACAGACUCUAGCCUUCCCAUCAAGGGCUCCCAGUGGACGCACAAUGGGAAACUCAUUGAAAGUUCCAAGUCUGUUUCUGUCUCUCCAUACACAGUCCUCCGUUUGGACAGAAUCACCUACACUUCUGGUGGACUAUAUGAAUGUGUGUUCCUCACCGAUCCAGAGGUGAAGCUGUUAAUUGAAGUCAAAACACUUCCACAUGUUGCUGCCUACAAGCACUCUGAGCAUGGCAACGAGAAGGACAAAGGGGUCCUGAUCUGUCUGAGCAAUGGCUACCCAUUGCCUACUGACUGGACCUGGUUCAAAGAACAAGAUGGCCAUCAAAUUCCUAUCGUCAACGGCACUGGCGGGAAAUAUGAGAUAAAGAGCACCCCUAACAAGACCACUCUGGUCAUUGAGGACCUUAACAUCGAGCAAGACAUUGGAGACUAUAUCUGCUCUGGAACCAACGAGCUUGGCACAUCCACCGACAGGAUCCACCUGCGUGUCCGCAGUCGCUUGGCUGCUCUCUGGCCCUUCCUUGGCAUUGUGGCCGAGGUCAUCAUCCUGGUGACCAUCAUCUUCAUCUAUGAGAAGAGGAGAAAGCCUGAUGAGGUUACCGACGAUGACGACUCAGGAGCUGCUCCUUUGAAGAGCAAUUCUAAUGCAAAUCACAAAGACAAGAAUGUGAGGCAAAGGAAUUCUAAUUAGAAGCUGAGAAAGAUGGACAUCCAGAUGGCAGUCCAGGAUUUAGCUGUCGUGUGGCACAUUAUACUGUGCGCCCCGCAAUUUUAAUUUACUUUUUGUGCUUGGGUGUUAAAUGUUUUAAGAAACUGUGUGAUUUCCUCUAAUUUCUUUCUUCUAUAUGCUUCUCCACGUUGUGCAGCCAUGGAACAUAGUGUGCAGUCAUUUUCUGCUCGAGGCCGCAGGGCAAAUAUUGCUCGCAUUUAAUAGCAGUGUGUGUUCAACGUAAAAUCAUUAGACGAUUCGAGUGAGGAAUGGCACGUUUUUCUUUUCAUACUGAUGCUUCCUACACUGACCUCGCAGUUGUCGGCCUUUGCUUUUAUAUUUUCCAAUUUGGGAUGGUGGCUUGUUAAGCAGCACAAGUUCUGUUCAGAGCAUCUGAAACAUUUUUGAUCCUGAUGCAUAACUGCCAUUCUUUUAGAAACUACUGGAGAGCAUUUGACCUGUCCCACACCCCCGCCCUCCUCCCUUGGCAGUUUUAUACUUACGAGCACCACUUCACUUUUGUGUGCAACUGUGACACUUUAAAAGUUCAAUUUUGUCCUUUUUUUUUUAAAAAUCAAGCUUUUAUUUCUUUUUCCUGUUCACAUAUUUUAAACCAAGGUUUUAGUUACCAAUAUCUUUGUUGCCAAUAUCACAUCCUGAGUAAAAAAUAUAUUGUGAAGGACCAAGUGCAGAGGAUGCAACAUGUUUCUGUUGAUUGCAACUUGAAUAUUAUUAAUUUAGUACAGGUGAUAAACCUUUUUAAUAAGAUGUUUUUCUUUCUCAAUGUGAUCUGAGACGUUUGUGUGCAAUUGGACCGUCAUCUCUGUUCCCUUUUACUGUGUAGAUAUUCAGAAGCCAUAUGUUCAUUUAGCCUGAUGAGUGUUGUGAUUUGAUGUCACCGUUUCAAUUAUACAGAUAAAGACUUAGCCAGAGUUGUGUAAAUUGUUGUACCAUCCAAGUACAUGGAACGCCACCCAUUGUACAACUUUCACAAACUGAAUAAAGAUAUUUGAUUU